ACGACUACACCCAACGAUCGACUCUUCUUUCGACUCUCGGCACCUCCACUCAAAAACCGUGAAUAUGGCCCCUUCCAAGUGGGAUGAUGAAGAGGAGGAGAGCUCCAGUGAAGGCUCUCCCGCAGCACCUAUCGCACGCCGCGGCAAAUUUGACGACGAGGAGGAAGACGACGAUGUCCUAGAGUCAUGGGACGCCGCCGAGGACUCCGAAGUCGAGCGCGAGAAGGCCAAGAAGGCCGAGGAGGCAAAGGCAAAGGCCGCAGCAGAGGCAAAAGCCAACCACAAGUCGAAGGCCCAGCGCAUCGAGGAGCGCAGACAGGAGAACAUGCGCCGAAGGCAACUAGAGGACGAUAUUUCGGAUGAGGACGAGGAGGACGAGGCUACUCGCCGUGCACGCCUUAGGAAGAAUGAGCAGGACGCCGAUCUUGCUCACGCUGAAGACAUGUUUGGCUCCAUCGGAAUCAACCCCAACCGUGGAUCAUCCAAGCCUGUCACCAUCUCCGAUGCCAAUGACCCGACCAAGUCUGUUGACCUCAGCGCACUCCCCAUCUUCAACCCUCAGACGAAGGAUCAGUUCACCAAGCUCCGCGAGGUGCUGGUUCCUCUCAUCUCCAACAACGCUAAGAAGGCUCAAUACUCCCUCUUCCUCCAGGAGUUCACCAAGCAGAUCUCCAAGGAACUUCCUAGCGACCAAAUCAAGAAGAUUGCGAGUGGCCUGACAACGCUCAGCAACGAGAAGAUGAAGGAGGAGAAGGCUGCUGAGAAGGGUGGCAAGAAGACCAAGGCGGCAAAGACCAAGGUCAGCCUCAAUGCUUCGCGAGAUGUCUCCCACAAAGCAGACACUGCCGCCUACGACGACGACUUCGGAGAUGAUGACUUUAUGUGAGAGACCUAUCGAUACCACCUUUUCUCCGCCAUAGAUUGUAGCGACUAUAACGCAUGGACAAUACCCAUUUCUCUUCGUGAACAAUACACCAUGUUACUCCCACAGCGCCGAGUCAGAGCGCCCUGGCCACGCUUUCCGGCGCGCUGGCAUGUACAUAACGGUCAUUCGGCAGCUCUACCAGGAACCGCACCGAUUACCUCAACAUCGGAGGAUGAAAUGUUUCUCCAUGCAUCAUGGCUCUGGAGUUGGGACUACUGUUCUUUUCUAUCAUGUUAUCCUCUUUUUCCAACAGUCCUAUGAGGUAACAUUUCUCUCGUGUCGGCGUUCUUUGCGUCAUACAUAGAUUGAGGGUGGUGGGUAGCCAAACGCUAUCAGUGGGCGGAAUUCAGAGGUGUAUGCAUGGCGGAUGGUACAUAGAUGAUUAACGGUGGCGUGUAAUGAAGCUUCAAAACAACAUCUAAUCGCGUU